AUGGCCACCAUCACCGUGUCAUCUCUGCUGAACUCAGACGGACAUUCGUUGUUACUAUCUCGAUCUUCUCUCACGAAAUUAAGAGCCAGCAGCCAACAUCACGGUGCCCACUUUCGAAGAUCCAAGCGAGAGAAGUUGAUUCGAGUUGCACUUCCGACUUCUGUGAAAAAGAAUGUCGGCGGUGAGGACGAAUUUCAUGAGGAAUGUCAAGCGGACUUCUGCAAGGGUUGGACCGAUGGCAACGGCAUGCCAGCCCAGCGUUUGGUCAGCCAAUUUGAUGGCCUGUCAGUCGCGAUUUCGGACAGGGUCGAGAUGCAUUCAAUUCUAGCGCAGCAACGUGAUAAUUGGAAUCGGCUGCUUCACAAUACAAUUACUUUCACCUCAGUUUCUGCUGCCGUAGCUUCGUCUCUGAACGGGGCCGCAACUGCUCAGGGACUGCAACUGGUGGCCAUCAUUCUCGGAACGGGCGCAGCUGCUCUUAUGACCCUCGUCAGCAAAUUCCAGCCGUCACAGCUCGCCGAAGAGCAACGACAUGCUGCUCGCUUCUUCAAGAGACUGGGAGCUGAAGUCGAAGCUACUUUAGACGUCGAUCCGAGACUGCGUGAAGAAGCGUCGGCUUACUGGGAGCAGUCCGUUGGCACCUUGCAUGCUCUAGACCGAGCUUUUCCUCUGCCACUGACCCCAAUCGUGGUCGAGAAGUUCCCCAAGCACGUGUGUCCAUCGCAGCUCAGUGGCGAAUUGGGUCUAUCUCGACCUGAAGUUGAAGAAUCCUCGCAGUCCCCUAGCAAUGGAUGGACGUCGUCAGUAGUGGAAGACCUCAAGCACACUGCUAACCUUCUUCACGAUUCAGACGUACCAGAAUACGUAAAUCUGGCCAACAAUGCGAAGAUCAUCAACCUGAUUUUGUCCAUCGUCUCUCCUCUACUGGCAACAGCAGGUGUGGCACUAAACAUGGCAAGCUGUCCUUCUGUAGCUGCAGCAGUCACCUUGGGGUCCCUGUUUGCGCAUACUUUGGCACAGGCUCUUCAGAUGGGUGCUGUGUAUGAGGUUUAUAGAAACUGCGCUGGCUACUACGCAGACGUGGAGAAGUCCAUCGAACGAGUACUGCGAUUACCUGUUCAUCAACGUCAAGAUGCUGGUAUUUUUCUCCAUAAGACCUCGAUGCUGCUAGGGAGGACACCCGGGGUGACACCGAUUGCUGGAAUCAGUGAUAAAAAGGCAGGCACAUUAUUUUAG